UUCUCUUUCUCCCUGCCCCCCCCAACCCGGCCCGCUUUGGCUUCUCGAUCCUGAGGAGCAGCCAUGGCCGAGCGCCGCGCCUUCGCCCAGAAGAUCAGCAGAACAGUAGCAGCUGAAGUUCGGAAACAGAUUUCAGGACAAUAUGGAGGAUCACCACAGCUCCUCAAGAACCUUAAUAUUGGAGGCAAUAUUUCCCAUCACACAACUGUGCCUCUUACUGAGCCAGUGGAUCCGGUGGAUAUGGAAGAUUACCUUCUUACUCAUCCACUUGCAGUGGAAUCCGGUCCUUUGAGAGACUUGCUUGAAUUUCCUUCAGAUGAUAUUGAAGUUAUCUAUAGUCCACGGGAAUGCAGGACACUUGUAUUAUCUGUACCUGAAGAAAGUGAAAUGGAUCCUCAUGUAAGGGAUUGUGUGAGAAGCUACACAGAGGACUGGGCCAUUGUGAACAGAAAGUAUCACAAACUGGGAACAGGAUUUAACCCCAACACAUUAGACAAGCAGAAGGAAAGGCAAAAAGGCCUGCCCAAACAGGUCUUCGAGUCUGAUGAAACACCGGAUGGAAACAGUUACCAGGAUGAGCAAGAUGACCUUAAAAGACGCUCCAUGUCCAUAGAUGAUACACCACGGGGCAGCUGGGCUUGCAGCAUUUUUGACCUGAAAAACUCCCUCCCAGACGCUUUGCUUCCAAAUCUUCUGGAUCGUACCCCAAAUGAAGAAAUAGACCAUCAGAAUGAUGAUCAGCGGAAGUCCAACAGACACAAGGAGCUGUUUGCAUUGCAUCCAGCCCCUGAUGAGGAAGAACCAAUAGAAAGGCUGAGCAUCCCUGAAAUCCCCAAAGAACAUUUUGGCCAGAGGCUGCUUGUGAAGUGUUUGUCUUUAAAAUUUGAAAUUGAAAUUGAGCCAAUUUUUGCCAGUUUGGCAUUGUAUGAUGUUAAGGAAAAGAAAAAGAUUUCAGAGAAUUUCUACUUUGAUUUGAAUUCUGAGCAAAUGAAAAGCAUGUUACGUCCUCAUGUCCCACCUGCUGCCAUAUCCACAUUGGCCCGGUCAGCCAUCUUUUCUAUAACAUACCCGUCACAAGACGUCUUCCUCGUAAUUAAGCUGGAAAAGGUAUUGCAGCAGGGAGAUAUUGGGGAGUGUGCAGAGCCGUAUAUGAUUUUAAAAGAAGCAGAUACUGCAAAGAAUAAAGAGAAGCUGGAAAAACUAAAAAGCCAAUCCGAGCAGUUUUGCCAAAGACUUGGAAAAUACCGCAUGCCUUUUGCAUGGACAGCCAUUCAUUUAAUGAAUAUAGUCAGCAGUGCUGGAAGUUUGGAGAGGGACUCUGCAGAAGUGGAGAUUGCCACGGGAGAACGCAAAGGAUCUUGGUCAGAGAGGAGAAAUUCUAGCAUCGUUGGCAGGCGUUCCUUGGAAAGAACCACCAGUGGGGAUGAGACUUGCAACUUGACUAACUUUAGGCCGGCUACCCUAACAGUGACAAACUUCUUUAAACAGGAAGGUGACCGUCUGAGUGAUGAAGACCUGUACAAGUUUCUUGCAGAUAUGAGAAGGCCGUCUUCUGUUCUGCGGAGGCUAAGGCCUAUCACAGCUCAGCUGAAGAUAGACAUUUCUCCAGCUCCAGAGAACCCACAGUACUGUUUAACUCCAGAGCUGCUACAAGUGAAACUUUACCCUGACAGCAGAGUACGACCAACAAAAGAGAUUCUGGAGUUUCCUUCAAGGGAUGUUUAUGUUCCAAAUACAACAUACAGAAAUCUACUACAUGUCUAUCCUCAAAGCCUCAACUUUGCCAACCGUCAAGGUUCUGCUCGGAACAUCACUGUAAAAGUCCAGUUUAUGUUUGGAGAAGAUCCAAGUAAUGCAAUGCCGGUAAUCUUUGGUAAAUCAAGCUGUGCUGAGUUUUCGAAAGAGGCGUACACAGCUGUUGUUUAUCAUAACAGGUCUCCCGAUUUUCAUGAAGAGAUUAAGAUCAAACUCCCUGCAACGUUAACGGACCAUCACCACCUGCUUUUUACAUUUUAUCAUGUCAGUUGCCAACAGAAGCAAAACACUCCUCUUGAGACUCCUGUCGGAUACACGUGGAUACCAAUGCUCCAGAAUGGACGAUUGAAGACUGGUCAGUUCUGCCUCCCUGUUUCCCUGGAAAAGCCACCACAGGCUUAUUCAGUGCUCUCACCAGAGGUGCCCCUGCCAGGAAUGAAAUGGGUAGAUAACCAUAAGGGAGUUUUCAAUGUAGAAAUAGUUGCUGUGUCAACCGUUCAUACACAGGACCCUUAUCUUGACAAGUUCUUCGCUCUUGUGCAUGCACUGGAUGAACAUAUGUUCCCUGUGCGGAUAGGUGACAUGAGGAUAAUGGAAAACAACUUGGAAAAUGAAUUAAAAGGCAGCAUUUCAGCUUUGAAUUCAUCUCAGCUGGAGCCUGUGGUGCGAUUUCUCCAUCUCCUGCUUGACAAACUGAUCCUUUUGGUUGUGAGACCUCCUAUUAUUGCAGGCCAAAUAGUCAAUCUUGGUCAAGCAUCAUUUGAAGCCAUGGCUUCCAUUGUAAACAGACUGCACAAAAACUUAGAUGGGAACCAAGACCAGCAUGGCAGAAAUAAUCUUCUUACUUCAUAUAUUUAUUAUGUCUUUCGCUUACCGAAUACCUCUUCCAAUUCACCAUCACCUGGUCCUGGUGGUUUGGGAGGAUCAGUUCAUUAUGCGACCAUGGCUCGUUCAGCUGUCAGACCAGCAAGCUUAAAUUUAAAUCGCUCCAGGAGUCUUAGUAACAGCAACCCAGAUAUAUCUGGGACACCAACCUCACCUGAUGAUGAAGUACGGUCAAUCAUUGGGAGUAAGGGCUUGGAUCGCUCCAAUUCCUGGGUAAACACUGGUGCUCCAAAAGCCGCCCCAUGGGGAUCCAACCCCAGUCCAAGUGCAGAGACUACACAGGCUACAGAUCGAAGUUGUAAUCGUAUGUCUUCGCACACAGAGACGUCAAGUUUCUUACAAACAUUAACAGGACGAUUACCAACUAAAAAGCUUUUUCAUGUGGAACUGGCCUUGCAGUGGGUUGUCUGCAGCGGGAGUGUACGGGAGGCUGCUCUCCAGCAAGCAUGGUUCUUCUUUGAACUUAUGGUGAAAAGUAUGAUACAUCAUUUGUAUUUUGCUGACAAACUCGAUGCAUCAAGGAAGAAUCGUUUUCCAGAGCGCUUCAUGGAUGACAUAGCUGCUCUGGUCAGCACAAUCGCCAGUGAUAUAGUCUCCCGGUUUCAGAAGGAUACAGAAAUGAUUGAAAGACUCAACACUAGUUUAGCUUUCUUUCUCAAUGAUCUGUUGUCUAUCAUGGACAGAGGAUUUGUCUUUCUCCUGAUCAAGGCUUACUACAAACAGGUGUCAUCCAAGCUUUAUUCUCUACCAAACCCCAGUACUCUUGUGUCCUUGAGACUGGAUUUCCUUCGGAUUGUCUGUAGCCAUGAACACUAUGUGACUCUGAAUCUACCAUGCAGUCUUCUGACACCCCCUGCAUCCCCAUCACCCUCAGUGUCCUCAGCCACUUCUCAGAGUUCUGGAUUCUCAACAAACGUCCAGGAUCAGAAGAUUGCAAACAUGUUUGAACUGUCUGUGCCUUUCCGCCAGCAGCACUAUUUGGCAGGCCUGGUGCUAACUGAGCUGGCUGUCAUUUUAGAUCCUGAUGCAGAUGGUUUGUUUGGAUUGCAUAAGAAAGUCAUCAAUAUGGUACACAAUUUGCUAUCUAGCCAUGACUCCGACCCACGGUACUCUGACCCGCAGGUAAAGGCCAGGGUGGCUAUGCUGUAUCUGCCUUUGAUUGGAGUAAUCAUGGAGAGUGUACCCCAGCUGUAUGAUUUCACAGAAAGUCACAAUCAGCGUGGAAGACCAAGUUGUACAUCAACAGAGGAUUAUGAAAGUGAGGGAGGGAACAUGAUAAGCCAAACGGUUGCCAUGGCUAUUGCAGGAACCUCUGUCCCACAGCUCACCCGACCCAGCAGUUUUCUCCUUACAACAUCGACCAACAGGCAGCACUCAACGUUUUCAGCCGAGUCAAGUCGGAACCUUUUGAUCUGUCUUUUGUGGGUCCUAAAGAAUGCUGAUGAAAGUAUCCUGCAGAAGUGGUUCACAGACCUCUCUGUCCUUCAGCUUAACCGCUUGUUGGAUUUGCUGUAUCUCUGUGUUUCCUGUUUUGAAUAUAAGGGCAAGAAAGUCUUCGAAAGAAUGAACAGUCUGACUUUUAAGAAGUCCAAAGAUAUGAGAGCAAAGCUUGAAGAAGCUAUACUGGGGAGCAUUGGCGCAAGGCAAGAAAUGGUACGGCGAAGCAGGGGGCAACUGGAAAGAAGUCCUUCGGGGAGUGCGUUUGGAAGCCAGGAGAACCUGAGGUGGAGAAAGGAUAUGACUCACUGGCGGCAGAACACAGAAAAACUUGACAAAUCACGGGCAGAGAUUGAACACGAGGCCCUUAUUGAUGGCAACUUGGCGACUGAAGCAAACCUGAUUAUUCUGGAUACAUUAGAGAUUAUAGUUCAGACAGUCUCUGUGACUGAAUCCAAGGAAAGCAUUCUUGGCGGAGUGCUGAAGGUGCUUUUGCAUAGCAUGGCCUGCAACCAGAGCGCCCUUUACUUGCAACACUGCUUUGCAACUCAGAGGGCCUUGGUCUCAAAGUUCCCAGAACUUCUUUUUGAAGAAGAGACUGAGCAGUGUGCUGACUUGUGCCUUCGCCUCUUGCGCCACUGUAGCAGUAGCAUUAGCACCAUACGCUCUCAUGCCAGUGCCUCCCUCUAUCUUCUCAUGAGGCAAAACUUCGAGAUCGGGAACAACUUUGCCAGAGUUAAAAUGCAGGUGACAAUGUCACUCUCAUCUCUAGUGGGGACAUCUCAGAAUUUUAAUGAAGAGUUUCUGAGACGUUCUCUGAAGACUAUAUUGACCUAUGCUGAAGAGGACCUGGAACUGAGGGAGACGACAUUCCCUGAUCAGGUCCAGGAUCUUGUGUUCAACCUCCAUAUGAUCUUGUCUGAUACGGUUAAAAUGAAAGAGCACCAGGAAGAUCCAGAAAUGCUGAUUGACUUGAUGUACAGAAUUGCAAAAGGCUACCAGAACUCUCCAGAUCUACGAUUAACCUGGCUGCAAAACAUGGCUGGGAAGCACUCUGAGAGGAGCAACCAUGCCGAAUCUGCACAGUGUUUGGUUCAUUCUGCAGCACUGGUUGCCGAAUACUUAAGCAUGCUUGAGGAUCGAAAAUAUCUUCCUGUAGGGUGUGUUACAUUUCAGAAUAUCUCCUCAAACGUUCUAGAAGAAUCUGCCGUUUCAGACGAUGUUGUGUCACCAGAUGAAGAAGGGAUAUGCUCUGGAAAGUAUUUUACAGAAGCAGGACUGGUGGGAUUGCUGGAGCAAGCUGCAGCGUCUUUUUCCAUGGCUGGGAUGUAUGAAGCCGUCAACGAGGUUUACAAAAUUCUUAUUCCGAUUCAUGAAGCGAACAGAGAUGCCAAGAAACUGGCUACAAUUCAUGGUAAACUCCAGGAAGCAUUCAGCAAGAUCGUUCACCAGAGUACUGGCUGGGAGGAUGGUAAGCGGAUGUUUGGUACAUACUUCCGUGUUGGGUUUUAUGGGACUAAGUUUGGAGACUUGGAUGAACAAGAGUUUGUUUACAAGGAACCUGCAAUAACAAAACUGGCUGAAAUUUCUCAUCGAUUAGAGGGAUUUUAUGGAGAAAGGUUUGGCGAAGAUGUUGUUGAAGUUAUUAAAGAUUCUAACCCAGUCGACAAAUGUAAAUUAGAUGCUAACAAGGCUUAUAUACAAAUAACGUAUGUAGAACCUUAUUUUGACACAUAUGAAAUGAAGGAUAGGAUAACCUAUUUUGACAAAAAUUACAACCUCCGACGAUUCAUGUACUGUACACCCUUCACGCUGGACGGCAGAGCUCAUGGGGAGCUACAUGAACAGUUCAAGAGGAAGACAAUCUUAACAACAUCACAUGCUUUCCCUUACAUUAAAACCAGGAUAAAUGUUAUUCACAAGGAGGAGAUAAUUUUGACGCCAAUUGAAGUUGCCAUUGAGGAUAUGCAGAAAAAAACCCAAGAAUUGGCUUUUGCUACCCAUCAAGAUCCAGCAGAUCCCAAGAUGCUCCAGAUGGUGCUUCAGGGCUCAGUAGGCACUACAGUGAAUCAGGGACCACUAGAGGUUGCACAGGUUUUCUUGUCUGAAAUACCCAACGAUCCCAAACUGUUUCGUCACCAUAACAAGUUACGGCUUUGUUUCAAAGACUUCACAAAAAGGUGUGAAGAUGCCUUGCGCAAAAACAAAAGCCUGAUUGGUCCGGACCAAAAAGAAUAUCAGCGAGAGCUUGAAAGAAAUUACCACCGUCUCAAGGAAGCACUGCAGCCCCUGAUCAAUAGAAAAAUUCCCCAGUUAUACAAGGCUGUUCUUCCUGCUGCUUGCCACAGAGAUUCCUUCAGCAGGAUGAGCCUUCGCAAAAUUGACAUCUAAGCAGCUAAAAAGGCACUUAAGAGUUUUAAGGUACGGAACAAGCAAGUGCAGCGUUACCAGCAGCUGGAAAUUUUAAGGCAUUUUAUUUCGAAAUAAAUCUUGGGACUUUAUUUUGGACACCUUGCACACAUUUAGUAGUUUAUAUGGAAAUAUUAAGUGGCCAAUUUUUUUCUUCUGAUUUGUCCGAUAUAGACUUAAAGACUUUUUGAAAAGGCCAUGGUAACAGUACAUAAUGUACUGGUGGGACUGUCAAUGCAACUGUUUUUUAAACAUUUUUUAAAUAUUUAGAGGUACCUAAACGCAUCAAAAAUUAUUUAUAGCGUUCUCAAACGUUAAUUUUUUUUAGUUCAUGUAUUUAAUUUAUAUUAAGAACAUUUGCAAAUAUAUGUGAACCAUUUUAAUGUAGUGAUGAUUUUAAUGGUACCAUUAAACAUUUGAAUGUUUACACUUUAUUUCAUGGUGCAUCAGCCUUUCAUGCUUCUCUUUCUCCAUGGACUGAGAUCCUGCAAGAAAACUGUAUUGUUGUUAAUUUGUGUAGUUGUUGAUUUUGGUUUUGCCAUCACGGACGGUUGUCAUGUUAUCUGUCCUCCCCAUUCCUGAGAUGGACUUAUAAUCAAGCAGGGAGCCGAGCCUCUCUGGAGGACUCAUGGGUGGAGGAUAAAACAUCCUCACAUUCUGCCUGGGCCAGUGGUCACUUUUCUUCUUCACUCUUUUCUCUUGGUAAGUACUGACAAUCCAGCAGCCAGGGUUGGUCUCUGUAUAGGUGGAAGCCUGGCCAUGAUUUUUACACAUGUGAGAGGAACACCAUUCUAUCAGGUAACUCUAAACAGGGUGGCAGUCCAAAGAAAAAAGUCUAGCUUUAAAACUGGGCUUCAGAUCAGCACCAUAUUGUUCACAGUGGCAGACGUGGCAGCAGUUUGCUUCUGCUCCAUGCCAAGAGGCAACAGCCAGAGAUGGAGGGACAGAGGCACCCUGAUCUCCACUGCCCCCCCCCUUGCCAUGGAAAGGGAGAUGACUAAAAUCCCUUAUAGACUGCAUCGAAAAUGUUGGGUCAGAGGGUGUGCAGCCUCAGUGAUCCAGCAAGUCGCCUGUCACACAGGAUUUGCAGAAGGCAAAAUACCGAUUCAACAUGAUCAUGCUGAUGUUAGUACUGUUACUGUUCAAGACACUGUUGGAAACUGUAGUUUAUAGCUUGAAAUCUUAACAAUUCAUUGUUGUUAGGACUGUGUUAAAAAAAAAAUUGUCCUAUUAAGGAAAUCUUGAAAUGGUUCACAAAGCAGAUUCUGACCUUGUUAAGCAAAAGUAAGCCUGAUUUGACACCUGUCAUGCAUCCAAUAAGAGUCUACAACCAGCAAAUCUCCUCUUAUGAUAAAUAUGCCUGCAAACAUAUUUGUCACCA